GUUUUACACUGAACAAAUGGCACCCCCUUUGAAAUCGGAGGAAGAUUGUUAAACGUACACGAUGCCGAAAAGGGAUUUUGUUUUUCCGUACCACAAUGGAUUCAACAUUUUCCACAACUUCACUUUUGAAGUGAUCGUUUCGAUUAUCACUUUACCAUCCUGACCAUAGCGAGACCUUUAUGCCUAUCGUUGUGUAAAAGGUCAAGAUGGUAGUGGAAGUCACUCAUCAUAUCGCUGAUAUUGAGGCAGGAAGGGGAAAUCCUGUAACAGAAAAGAGUUCAAAUCAAAGUAGCACGCGAGAAACACAAGAUCAAAGCGUACAAGUUGAUCGGAUAUCGGCCAAAUCUCAUACGAUUUCCAUAUCAGAACGAUUACUUCAUUUCACAUGGGCAUGGUAUCUGACAACAAUGGCAACCGGAUCAAUCGGCGUACUGAUAGCAAAUCAACCACAUAAAUUUCGCGGCUUAGACACGAUCGGAAAGAUCUUUCUCAUUUUUGAAUUAUGUUUGUUCGUCUUGAUCACAAUCGGUCUCGUUCAACGAUUUUGGAGAAAGCCAGAGCUAUUAGCAAGAUCGUUAAGGAAUCCAUACGAAUCAUUAUUCACCCCAACGCUCUUCUUGAGUAUAUCCAACAUAAUCUUAAUGAUUGAAGCUUACGGAACACCAGCAGCAGGACCUUGGCUUAAAACGGUAAUUUUGAUUUUGUUUUGGAUUUAUUCAGCAUGUUCGCUUUUGUUGGCCGUUUUACUCUAUCUCGAUUUAUUCACCGCAAGAAGAAUGACGGAUAAGGAUAUCAUUCCCGCAUGGCUUUUACCUGUUUUCCCGCUCAUGCUCGCAGGUACGAUCGCUGGAACGAUUGCAGAAACACAACCGAUCGAUCGUAGGAUGAGCAUUUUGAUCGCUGGUACUACAUUUCAAGGUGUUGGCUUUUGGGUUGCGCUUUCGGUGUUUGGUCCUUUGAUGAGUAGAUUGAUGAGGAUUGGUUUGCCUGCUCCGGCAUUACGACCUGGAAUGUUUAUUUCCGUUGGACCGCCUGCUUAUACAUCUCACGCUUUGAUCAAAUUAUCAACUUCAUUUUUCAACAGUCCGCAAAUCUCAUAUAUACAACGUUAUCCAGAUUCAGCAAAUGUUAUUCGAUAUGCAAGUUUAGCACUUUCAAUAUUCAUUUGGUGUUUGGCUUUUUGGUGGCUUUGUAUCUCUUUGGGUACAAUUUUACUGGAUAUACGGGAUAUCGGAUUCAGUUUAGUAUGGUAUUCAAUGAUCUUUCCCAACGUUGGGUUAUGUUUAGCAACGAUUGAUCUCGGGAAGGCAUUAUCAAGUGAUCCGAUUGGCUGGAUUGGAUCAGGCGUGACGAUCAUUUUGGUGAUUUUAUAUAUCUACAUCUUUUCUCGUCAUAUUUUAGCAUUAUUCAGAGGGGAUAUACUUUGGCCCGGGAAAGAUGAAGACAAAGAUAGCUAGUUGUAAAUUAAUGUAGAUUACUCAAUUCAUCAUUCAUGUGAAAACAUUUGAUACUAAG